GGUUGUAGGUGUGUUGUGUAGCUGUAUAUAAGGCGGAGGGAUUGAACUGAUUGUCAUUCCAGCAUUCAGCUUCAACGCUCAACACGACCGACAACAGAUCGCCGAAGCAUCGAGAGCGGCUAGCGCAUACAACAUAAGUGGGACAUUUACAUUGAAUUGAUUGCCUACAUCUUUGUCGAGAGUAAAACGCCAUCAACAACCAUGUUGUUCCACGUGGUACCCGAAGAUAUUUUCAGAGAGCGUGCCUCAUAUUCAAGACCCUGCUAUUACCAGAGAAACCCGCGUUGUCAACAGCAGCAGUUGGCCAAUAUGGGCUUUCUGAACGACAUUCUCCGUCCUCUCAUGGUGAUGUCACACAACAACCCUCAGUCAGAAAGCUGUCACGGUGAAAACUGUCAGCGUGUCACACGUCGAGGGACACAGAAGGGAGAGCGUCCUUCCCAGAAACGGCAGCCGGAAUCCAUGACUGCAAGCCUCGAUUUCCGCGGUUUUUCUGCAGAUGAAAUAAAAGUGAAAGUCACAGAUAACUCCAUAGUUGUGUGUGGCCGACAUGAUGGCCCCAGCAACUCCUUCCGGGUCACACGAAGACUUCCACUACCACCUGGUGUUGACAAAACGGGGGUUACCUGCCGAUAUGUUGACGGCGAGGUUAUCCUCGAGAUCCCCGCGUCUGCAAAACACAGUGUAGAGGACAAACAGGAGAGGGAAGAGGGCGAGAAGAAAGCUGAACACAAAGAGAAGAGGGUCAGAUCUGACCCAGCCAGGACAAGUGACACAGAUGAUGAUGAGUACGACGACGGUGGAAUGGAAGGAGAAAAGGAAGUUCAAGCAGCUCUUCAAGAAGGCAUGAAACACCUGUUUUCCACUAUGUUUGGUCUUCCUGUUGUUGAGAGGAAGGAGAAGAAGGUUUUGUCCAAUGGGAGUCCUGAUAAGGAGGAAGAAACUACUGAACAGACGACCACAGAUCCAGACAGAGAGGAACCUCGCCCGGAAGAUGACAACAAAACGACAGACGGGUCCUUUGACAAGCAAAUGGAUGUCGAGGAAGAGAAAGGACAGGAGGAAGAUACCUGCCUAAUGUUGAAGUAUGACGAGAAGCCCUCUCUCAGACAUGACCCCAGUGACAUCGCUCGCCUGGAGGAGCAGACGACAGCUGUCAGUGUUCUGCCAGAGCAGACGACAGACCGAAAUACGGACGAGGACGAAGAAGUAGUACGACUGAUGUCAGAUGGAGAUGAAGAUGCCGAGAGUAUACUGGUCAAAGCCGACAAGAAUCUUCCCGUCUCCUCAUCAUCACAAGACUUUGAAAUUCGGUUCGAUCUGUCCAACUACAAACCAGAAGACAUCCGGGUAGUUGUAAGUAAUGGUGACGUCACCGUGGAAGCCGAACGUGAGAGCAAGUGUGACGGGUACAGCGGGUACAGCGAAACUGAGACACUGCAAAGGCGCAUUCGUCUCCCCGACAAAGUGGACCAGUCCAUGUUGACGAGUGUCCUGAAUGCAGAGGGCGAGAUGACCAUUCAGGCGCCAUUCCUGUCUCAGACCAUCAGUGGAAAGGAAGAGCAAACUGUUCCAAUUGUUUGGGAGUGAUUUAAGAUUUGUGAAGUUAGUGUCGGAUACACAGGACUCAUGUGUUGAAGUGGUCUGACACAUUUUGACUGAUACAUAUUCUUUUUCGUGAAAAUAUGCGUCUUGAUAAAUAUUUAAUGUCAGAUAAUAUUUCCCAUGAACUGAUUUGAGAUUGUGUUCAUGACGAUACACAGGACUCAGUGUGUUGAGGUCAGUCUGUCUUAUUUCUGACAGAUAUAUCUUACUUCGUUGAAUUAUUCGUCUUGAUAAAUAUUUAAUGUCGGAUAAGAAUUCCCAUGAAAACAGUAUAAGGAGGAUGAUAUCUGGGUAAAAAAAAAUAUCAUACUUGUUAGAUGCCAAGGAUUGUUCACGUAGUUUUAUUUUUGUCUCAACGUAUAUGUUCACAUGUGAACAACUGUCCGAUCAGUAUUGGGCUAAUGUGUACUCACUGACACCCCCUUUACAUCAUCCAGUUACAGUCGUAUCCAUUUUGUUGUUCUUUUUUAACAGUUCAUGAUCUGUAUUUUUUAAAUUGUCAUUUUUAUUAGUUCCAUGUAUUUCACCAUGCAUUUGUAUGUCUGAUACACGUGUCGUGUUUCACAAAGUAAUAAAAUGUCAUAAUGGAUA